CAAAAUGGCGUCCUCAGCUCCCCGGCUAUUUACACGCUGGUUAACAGCCACAGUCUGCUUUGGAUCCCGUAGCGGUCGUUUUGUGACUGGUUCUGCCGGACAUGCGGGAGUUUGUUGGACAACAGUAUCAGAGGGACACCAGGGAGGGACAGCAGUGCGACUGCGCAGUUUUACGGACGGAAAUGUCGUGACAUUGAGAGGACUGACAGAGGUCAGAUGUCCCCGUGCCAUUACCUGCCGCUCUUUCCACACCUGCAGCAGAUUGGAAAACAAGCAGGACUUCUAUGAGGUUCUGGGUGUUUCCCGCACUGCGACACAGAAGGACAUCAAGAAGGCCUACUACCAGCUGGCAAAGAAGUAUCACCCCGACACUAACCCAGAUGACCCAGAAGCCAAAGAGAAGUUUGCAAAGCUGGCUGAGGCUUAUGAGGUGCUCAGUGAUGAGAUCAAGAGGAAACAGUACGACACAUAUGGAGCAGCAGGUUUUGACCCAAACCGAGCUGGGGCGGGUCAGUAUUACAGAGCCGGGGGGGCCAGUAUCGACCCCGAGGAGCUCUUCAGGAAGAUCUUUGGGGAGUUUACGGGGGGCAUGGGCUUUGGAAACAUCCACAACAUGUUUGAACAAAGACCUCAGUUUGUGAUGGAGCUUACGUUUUCAGAGGCAGCAAAAGGCGCUAAUAAGGAGCUGAGUAUCAACAUUGAGGACGACUGUCCGAGAUGUCAGGGCAGCGGCAGUGAACCGGGAACCAGGGUGUCCCACUGUCACUACUGCAACGGCACAGGAACCGAAUCCAUCAACACUGGGCCGUUCAUGAUGCGCUCCACAUGCCGCCGCUGUGGAGGGAAGGGCUCCAUCAUCAUCACACCGUGUGUCCUGUGCAGAGGUUCAGGACAGGCACAGAGGAGGCAGACGGUCACGGUACCAGUACCUGCAGGAGUGGAGGAUGGUCAGACCGUGCGAACGACUGUAGGAAGAAAAGAGAUCCUCGUUACAUUCAGGGUCCAGAAGAGUCCAGUGUUCAGGCGAAGUGGAGCAGAUAUCCACUCAGAUGUGCUGAUCUCCGUUGCUCAGGCCAUUUUAGGAGGAACAGCCACAGCCCAGGGCCUCUAUCAGACCAUCAGUAUAGUUAUUCCUCCCAGUUGCCAGACUGACCAGGUGAUCCGGCUGCAGGGGAAAGGCAUUCGCAGGAUGAACAGCUACAGCUACGGAGACCACUACAUCCACAUCAAGAUUAGAGUUCCCAAGAAACUGACUCGUAGGCAGCGCUCUCUGCUCAUCAGUUACGCCGAGGAGGAGACGGAUGUACCUGGGACGGUCAAUGGUGUAACUCCAUCAGGAGGGGGCAGCAGCGCUUCAGGCUCCAGUUCAGGGGAGUCUCAAGACAAGCAGCCGCAGAAAGAGGAGGAGGAGGGAUUCUUCUCUAAAUUGAAGAAAAUGUUUAGCUGACACUCAGGCAGCAGGUGAAAAACACAACAUGGCAGACAGAGAAGAACAAUGGAGCGACGGGGCCCCACGCUGACCCUCUGCUGUGGAAACCGGGCCGAGGCAGAGGAGUGGUGUUUGUGUUGACACAGUCACACAUUGUUGAGGGAGCGUUGGCUUGUAGACGUCAGGUUCAACCCACAAAUCUACUGAACUGUCGCACGUAAACAGGUGAAGAGAGGAGGAAGGUGAGCUGAAGAAAUAAGACAGAAACUACAGAGGGUAACUCGUCAUUAAAGAAUAGGAUUUAGUAUAAAGAUCAUUAUAUAUAUAUAUUUUUUACAACUCCUCUACAUCUGCUACUUGAAACUAUAAACAGUUCAGUGCGGUUCUUUUUAUGUUUCAUCCAGCAGCUUUGGGGAAAAAACAUCCAAAUGUGCGAUAUAUUCAUUAGUUAUUUGAUGUCAUGCAAUUUUGUGGUCUAAGUAAAAUGUCUGUUCAGCUGAGCUUCAUGGGGAAAAGAUUAAGGCGACAAUUCUGCCUUUUGUGUCUCAAAAUCCAGAAAUGUCAAUCACUACAUUCACAUGAAUAAGUCCAACUUCAGCUGAGUUUAUACCUUAUGUGUUUAUUUGUCACUCCGGGGUUGUGUUGUAACGUGGACAGACAAAAACUGAGCCUAUGAGAAAUGACGCCGUCCCCGAGUCAUCACAUCCCUGUCACUUGAUCAUUUUAAGGAAAGAAUGCGAUGUCAGUCUUGAAUACAAGCUAUAAAUUUAACAUUAACACUCAAUAACUGGUGUUUCUGUACUUGAUGUUACUUGAGUUUGCGUUUUCAUCAAACUAUCACUGACCAGGAGAGCUGUUCAAGUAAGU